AGAAAACCUUCCCACAGAAGUGAUGAUGGAAAAAAUCCAAUUGGAAAGAAAGAAUUUGUUGCAACAAAAAUGUAGAGAGCUGAAAAUGGAGUCGAAAACGAGUCCACUUCCGGCAAGGUUCAUAAUCGAAGAUCGGCACCGUGUGAUGUACUGCGAUGUUCCAAAGGCUGCCACUACUAAUUUGAAGGAACUUAUGCUUGUCUUGUCGGGUAAUUUUAACAUUGCCGAUCUGCGAUCAAUACCGAAACUGAAAGUGCAUGAAGAAAAUGAAAUGCGCAAAUUGGACGUUUUCGAAUCAGCAAUGAUUUCAAAAAAUGGGGUAGCCAAUUACACGAAGUUUAUCUUUGUACGACAUCCAUUUGAAAGAUUGGUCUCCGCCUACGAGAACAAGUUCGGACGCACUAUUGACGGCACUGCAUAUCAACGGAGAGUUGGAACAGAAAUUAUUCGCAAAUACCGUCAGAAACCAACCAAAAUUUCUUUGGAAAAAGGUGACGAUGUCACAUUUGUGGAAUUCGUGGACUACGUCGUAGACGAGUGGAAGCUGAACAAGAAAUGGAUGGAUUUGCAUUGGCUACCUGCGAACGAUCUCUGCCUUCCUUGUUCCAUCGAAUACAACUUGAUUGGGAAGGUGGAAACUCUCAAACAAGAUGUCAGUUUUUUGUUGCACAAACUCAAUGAAACGGAUCUCAUUCCACCAUUUAAAGCCAAGCAAAAUCCACCCCAGACAACACCAUCUGUGUGGAGACGGAUGAUAAAACAGCUGAGUCAACAACAGAUCUACGAUCUUCUUACCAUUUAUGCAGCCGAUUUUCAUAUUUUUGGAUAUCCACCGGAUUAACCCGUGUAGCAUGUUUAAUAUUUUACUGCGCCAUGACCUAUCUUCUAAAGACACUUCGUUCUUAUUGACAACACACAUAAUCCUAUAUUUAUUUUGUCGAAGUAAAGUUUGUGACAAAAAUCCAAGAACAUCAGAUCUUUCCAAACCGAUGACAAAUUCCUAAUAAA